AGAAUCGAACUCGUUCAUCUCAUACAAAAUACGCAAAAUUUCAUUCGAUUAAUACGUAAUCAUCAUGAAGUUCAAAAUUUAGACUAACUUUUUAAAAAUUUUCUACCGUUUUACUGCAUGAAAAUCCAAACACCUUUGUCUCUCUCUUGUUACCCAAGCAUCAAAAUCAAGAGCAGUAGCAUCACUCACAAAACACAGUUACCAACCAAAAAGCGAGACGAGUUCCUUUGUUUUUCACGUGAAAGUCGAAUCCAUCCAAAUAACAUUAGCCCAAAACUGGUCGUAUAACACAGCUGCAUGCAGCUGACUGACGCACUAACAAAUAAGCAAGCACGGCCAAAAACUCUCUAAUCUAAUAAAGUGGCAGCCAAUAUGCGAUGCUGCUUGCUGCGUUAAAAUAUUUUAGUUAAAUAGAUUGACUCUUCCUUCCUUCUCACCAAGUAAUAAUUAAAGUAAGCUGUCUAAUUAUAACUAACUACCCAAUAUGGGAAAAGGUCUGUUUGGUUAGUUAGGUUUUUAGCUGGUAUUUUACAAAAGUCUCGAAAAAGGGUUGAGCUGGCUGGAGAGAGAAGGAGAGAACGUUUUAUUUGUUGAAUUUACUAGCCAUCAAAUCAAAGACGAAGAGGAAGUGAAAUUGAUUUCAGAUUAAAAGAAAGACUGAACUGAACUGAACAGAACAAAUAUUAUUUUGUAUUUAUGACCUUCUUAAGCAAAUAGUGGUUAAUGUUGGUUGGCCAGUCCAGUAGUUAGUUUGGCAGAUAAGAGAAGACAAAGGAGUUUACAGGUGUGAGAACUAUUUGAUUAGAUAGCUGCUCAAUAUGGACAGGCAUCGUCUCGGUCUUGGCCUUGGCGAGGAUGACAUAAAUCUGUCGAGAGUUCCUGUCUUUGUCUUCCCAACUACAGUCUUCUUCAACGCCAGGGAUCGUGACAAAUUGAAACAGCUUCUUACCAUUUAUAACCCCUACGAAUUUCCGAUAAGAUUUAAAGUGCUUAGCAAUGCCCCUGACACCUACACUGUGAUAGACCCCGAAGGUUCCAUCCAGUCUAAGAAUUGUGUUGACCUCAUCCUCCGCGUGUCUGAUCCCCCAGUCGAUACUGGUUCUCAUGUCGAGCACAAGUUUAGAGUUCAAAUCGCCCAUUAUGGGGAUCGAAGGAUAAUUGGGAAGCGUGACUUUGGGUCGGUCAUCCACUGGGGAAAUUUACCCCCACAUCUCGCCGCCCUUGAAGCUGCUGAGUCAGCAAAGCCACAACAAGGUUCGCGGGAUCCUUCUUUUCAACAAGUCACACAAGGGCCGUCGUCACCCUCAUCAUCGACUGGAUUACGAAGGAGCGACUCAGUUACGACGAGAGAUCAUCCGACUGGAGGUAACUUUGCAGGACAUCAACCCAACUAUAUCGUCAUAAUCACUGCUGUCUUCUGCAUUAUUGGACUCAUGCUUCCCAUCACUGGAAGUGGAAAUUGUGGGGGGAAGGAUGCGGAAACUUCGUCACCUUCGACGUUGGCAUCCUCGACUACUUCGAUGACACUCACUUCCCUCAUCCCAAGCUAUCUUCACGUCACGAUGCUCCAGAAACUCUUAGCGGCCUAUGCUCUAGGUCUUGUGACGAUGGUAAUAUUUCGUCAUUGACAAAUUCACUCGUGUUAUUAUUGUUAUGAUUAUUACAUUACUAUCAGUGUCAGUUGUUUUGAAACUGCAAAUAUUUAAUUUAUGCCAUGAGUUAACCUUAUAUACAACAGCCAAUCCAAAAUGAUGAGCUAGAUACAUAGAUAUAAAUAUGUAGACGAGAUUGACGAACUAUGUAAAUACGAAGACGACGCAAUAAUAUAUGAAACUUGUAGAAACUUAUGUAGCAGAUUAAGGUUAUAUUAUAUACUUGUUGAUUUAUCCUUGUUCCUCAAUGAUUAAAUUGUCUGAUUUUGCAUUAGGAGGAAAUUAGAAGAGUUGGUUUAUUAUAAACAGUUAUGAUUUUUUGUAGGGAAGGAGGUGUGAUAUAAAAAUAGCGAAAAUAUGUAACAUAAAAUUGAGUAAGAAUUGAGCUAGGAUAAUUGACAGUACAAUUUUGACUAAUCCGUUUUGUCCCUCCUGUAUAAAUGUGGCUAAUUAAAUGAUUUCAUUAGAUUAGAUUUGUUUUGUGACAAUUCUCGUGAUACAGAAAUAUCUCGUCACAAGGUAUAAUCUAGUAUUCUGUCUUAUUUGGUCAUGUAUACUCAAUUAACUUGUCAUCAAAUAUCAGAAGAUGAAGAACUAACUAAUUAGUGUGUAAAAAAAACUAUUUAAUUUUUACAAAACAGGAACGAAGAUGAUUUCUCAGGCAGUUGGCAAUUAGUUAAUUAAUCAUUGUUUUAAUUUGUACGCUUUUCGUUAUAAAUUAAUGUGUUAGAUGAAAAUGAGUUACUGCGCAGCUAUUACCACUUGUCGAUUAGUAAACCAAUUGUUAAAAUGUAUGACUUAUAAUUUGAAAAUUUUUUAUUACUCGCGUCUUAAGUUGUAAUCAUAAAACUAAUUAUUUUAUGUCGACUCGUCAUGUCGUUCUAGAAAUACUCGCAAUUUUUGGACACGAUGGUAAAAUAGUUCGCAAUUAUUAUACUCGCAGUUAACUAUGUAUAUAUUUUUGAUGUUGAAGUGAGACCUGUCUUUUUGUUGACCUGAAGAAAAAUAAAGACGAAACUGAACCACAUAA